AUGGCGAGCACGUCGAGAAUGGAGGCAAAUAAGGUGGUGUGUUAUGCGCAUCCAGAUGCGCCGCUUAUCGAAGAUUACAGGGCUGGUGACAUGAUAUGCUCUGAAUGCGGCCUGGUAGUAGGCGACAGAGUCAUCGAUGUGGGUUCAGAAUGGCGUACAUUCAGCAAUGAGAAGUCAGGAGUUGACCCAUCUCGUGUUGGUGGUCCAGAAAACCCUUUACUGUCCGGUGGAGAUCUCUCCACUAUCAUUGGACCAGGACGAGGUGAUGCUUCGUUUGACAGCUUCGGAGUAUCCAAGUAUCAAAACCGUAGAAAUAUUAGCAGUACAGACAGGGCCCUCAUAAACGCGUUCAGAGAAAUCAGCACAAUGGCUGACAGGAUAAAUUUGCCGAAAACAAUUGUUGACAGAGCUAACAAUCUAUUUAAACAGGUACAUGACGGCAAAAAUCUAAAAGGCAGAGCGAACGACGCCAUAGCAUCAGCUUGUCUAUACAUCGCCUGCCGCCAAGAAGGCGUACCCCGAACUUUCAAAGAAAUCUGCGCCGUCAGCAAAAUUAGUAAGAAGGAAAUUGGCAGAUGCUUCAAACUGAUCCUCAAGGCACUGGAAACAUCUGUGGAGCUUAUCACUACAGCAGACUUCAUGUCUCGGUUCUGUUCAAACUUGGGUCUGCCAAACUCUGUGCAAAGAGCUGCCACUCACAUUGCGAGGAAAGCUGGAGAAUUGGAUAUUGUGUCUGGACGCAGUCCGAUUUCUGUUGCUGCUGCUGCUAUUUAUAUGGCCUCACAGGCUUCAGAUGACAAACGCAGCCAGAAAGAAAUUGGCGACAUUGCAGGCGUGGCUGACGUCACAAUCCGCCAGUCCUACAAACUCAUGUAUCCAUUCGCAGCGAAGCUCUUCCCCGACGACUUCAAGUUCGCAACACCUAUCGAGUUCCUCCCACAAAUGUAG